CUGCUGGGCACUCUCCCCUCCCUCUUCCCCCAGCACCUGGCCUUCUGCCUGGGCUCAGAGCUGCUAGUUUCAGCUCCUCCUUGCAAGCCUCUCCCAUUUCCGGACAGGCCCUGGCCCACUGCCCUUAUCUCUUCCAGCCCCUGGGCUGUUUCCAGAGGAAAGUAUAAAGGGGUUAACUUCGAGAGCAGAGGUGCAGUACAAGCGGCACCGAACCAGGCUGGGUUAUCUGUUUUUCUGCUCUACUCGCCACAUCCUGCUCUGCACCAUGGGGAAAGAUGGACUGCCCAGCAACUUUAACAUCUUUCUCCUUCUCUUCUUCUUCCUUCCUGGAGAUACCUCGCCCGUCUCGCCCGUCACAGAGCCGCAAUACAUGGUGCUGCUGCCCUUUCUGAUACAAACCGAUGCUCCUGAGAAAGUCUGUGUUCAGCUGACCCACCUGAAUGAGUCUGUGACGCUGAGUGCCACGCUUGAGUAUCAAGGGGAAAACAGGAGCCUGAUUGAUGAUGUGGUGUCGGAGAAGGAUAUAUUCACCUGCAUCCCUUUCUCUCUUCCAAAAUUAAGUAGCCAGUCACCAGCCACAUUUAUCACUGUGAGAGUGAAGGGGGGAGACCCUGCAGUUCAGCAGCCGCAAGACGGUGUUGGUCAAGAAUUCUGAGAGCUUGGUCUUCGUCCAGACAGACAAACCUAUCUACAAGCCUGGACAGACAGUUCUGUUCAGAAUUGUUUCUCUGGAUGAAAACUUUCACCCCGUGAAUGAGGUG